CCCAGCCCUCAGGUACCCAGGCCUGGUGUGGCCCCCGUGACUCACUCACACCUGGACUGUGUCACCUCCUGCCCAUCUUCCCCCGGGCAGCCAGUGAUCUGCCCUGGCCCGACGGGGUCAGCUCCGCCCCUGAGUUUCUGGGGCUCCCCGUUACCCCCCAGCCGGCCAGGAGGCCCUGCUGCCUCUCCCAGGGCCCGGGCCCGUCCCGCUCCAUCCCCGCAUCCGGCCUUGGUACCAGCUGCCCCCGCGCCCUGGGCUCCAGCCCCGCCCCCCCAUCUCCCCCCCAGUUUCCCCCAACAUCCUUGCCUCGCUCGGCAGCACGUGAGCUCUGGGGGAGGGGGCGGCGCUUCUGCUGAUUUCAUGAUUGGCAGCCCCCGUCCCCCAGAAGCCUUUGGGCCCCAAGCCUGGGGUUGGACAGAAACGGCCAGACCUGAGGGAGUGCAUCCCCCCCCCAACCCCGCCCCGGCAGCCCCGCCCCCUCCCCAUCAUCGGGCCCCUGCCAGCUUUGGGGCGGGGGUGGGCAAGACACAGGAAGCCGGAAGCCCCAGAGGGAGUCGGGUCGCGGUCCCGGCCUCCCCCGCCCAGUCUGCGCUCGGGCCCCGCCACAGCCGGUGUUCUGCGCCCCACAGUAGCCGGGCCAGCUCGGAGACCGCAGGGCCACAUGGCGCGGUGCAGGCUGGGCGUGCUGGUGGCGCUGGGGGCCCUGCCGGGGGCGCUGGGCUCCGAGGGAAGCGGCUCCCCCAACUCGGUCACCGUGUGGCUGCUGGUGCUGCUGCUGCUGCUGCUCCUGGCGGCCUUGGCCCUGGCCUGGUACCACCUCAACCGGGAGUCGGGGGGCUACUACCACCCCACCCGCCUGGGCUCCUCCCUGGGCCGGCGGGCGCGCCGGCUGCUGCGCGCCACGGGCCUGACCCGCUGGCUCCGAGCCUCGGCCGUCGAAGAGCUCCAGGACAGCACCGAGAAGCAGGAGGACGAGGAGGACGAGGACGACGAGGAGGAGGAGGAAGAGCAUCUGGAGCCAGGCAGGGAGCACGGGCAGCAGCCGGAGCAGAAGCCCAAGGAUGGAGGGCCCGGCGGCUCCCAGGGCCUGGAGGCGGCCCUGGUGGAGGCAGCCCCAGGGGAGGCCAAGGAAGACCCCCAGGCCCAGCCCUCCGAGGCCCAGCCCUCUGAGGCCGGGCGCAGCUCCGGGGCCCAGUCUUCCGAGGCCGGGGCCUUGCUCAGCGACCUCCACGCCUUUUCGGGGAGUGCAGCCUGGGAGGACGGGGCGGGCGCAGAGGGGGGCCACGGCCUCAGCGUCACGGCACUCUAGGCGCGGGGGUCUGUCUUUGCCUCCCUGAUGCCCGUCUCUGGCCCAAGAGCCAUGGGGGGAUACACGGGGCCCGCCCAGCUCAGCCUGCCCUGCCCCCACUCCACAGCGGUUCCCCUGGUCCUGAAGGGGUGGAGCGCCCCACCUGCCCCGUGAUCGGCGCCCAGCCUCAGCCUCCAGACUGUGUGGCACAAAGCAGUGUCCCCCCCCCAGCCCCAGACCGAGACCACUGAGCUCACGGGUGCGGGGCAGAAGGACCGGGGCGCCCCAUCCAGCUCCAGCAUUGUGGGUAGGGGGCCCCCUUCAGAAAUAAAGGCUCCUCCACUGGACUCCUCUGUGCUUUUCUAGGCCCGACCCCCACCACAAACUCCGUAGGGCGGGCACCAGCAGACCCCAAAUACCAGCUCCGUGUAGGGGGUUCCCCACGAGCCCG